AAAAAAAAAAAAAAAAAAACAUAUGCAUUUAUACAGUUCUUUAAUGGUUCUCUUAAAGCCUCUGUGCUUAGCCUACGCAUCCAGGCCACACUGAGCUACGCUGAAUUUUUACUGACCACUGCCUUAAAUGGAUCUGUGUGCGCACUGCGCACUCCACCACCUUUCUUUAUAGCUUCCUCAUUAUAACUCUCCCCUCACUUUGUCUCCUUUCCCUCUCCUCUCUGCUUCCGUUUCACAAAUCUUUAUGUCAUUACCCAAACGUUUGCUUUCCCUUCUACCCCCUUCGACCUCCGAUCGGGUCCGCAUUUCUCUCCGAUCCGGACACCAACACUAUCCAAUCCGACUCCCUACCUCGCGCGCCAAGCUCAGGUUGCAGUCACGCAUUUCCUUUCUUUAUUUUUGUGUUUUUGUUGUUUUUUCAGUUUGAUCGAUGUUGCUGUGAGUGAAAAGGAUGAAUCCUCUGUGCUGCAUUGCUCCGGUUUCUAUCGAUCGGGACCGAGCGAACCCAGUGGUCCCAAAAUCGUCUGCUCAGUGUCAGUUAGGGCUUGAAACUCCUACAAUCAAGCCGCCAGUCUCAAAGCCCAGCUUAUUGUCAGCUCAGGUCUCGUCGGUCAGUCACGAGCAACUUGAGAGACUCUCCUCAUCUACCAUAAAGUCCGAUGCAGACGACGCGAAUCUCGAGGGCAGAGAUUCUACCAAGGCGUACAGCGGAAACGGAGCCGGAGUGGCAGGGAUUCUCUACAAGUGGGUGAAUUACGGCAAAGGAUGGAGGUCGAGGUGGUUCGAGCUCGAAGACGGAGUUCUUUCGUAUUACAAGGUCCAUGGACCCGAUAAGAUCCUGAUGAGCCCCACCGUGGAGAAGAGCGUUAGGGUGAUUGGCGAGGACUCGCUGCGUUAUAUGAAGAAGGCUAGCUGGAGCUGUAACAAUCGACUAGGCGUCGCGGUUGUCAGGCAGUGCAAGCCCGUUGGUGAAAUACAUUUGAAGGUUUCUUCAAUUCGUACAAGCAAGUCCGAUGAUAAAAGGCUUACUAUAUUCACAGGAACAAAGACUCUUCAUCUCCGAUGUGUUUCAAGGGAGGACAGAGCUGCAUGGAUUGAGGCACUGCAGGCUGCUAAAGACCUCUUUCCUAGAGUAUUGACAAGCAAUGAUUUUUCACCUUCCGAAGAUGUCAUCGUUUCAACAGAAAAGUUACGGGCACGAUUAAUUCAGGAAGGCAUUGGUGAGGCAGCAAUCAAAGACUGCGAGUCCCAUAUGCUUUUAGACUCUCUGAGCUGCAGAGCCAGUUGAAGGCUCUCAACGUAAGCAUAUAUGCUACUAGAUACAUUGAGGCAACUAGAGACAGAGAAAAUAGAGCUGGAAACUACUGUAGUUGAUGAAACGAAGGAACGAGAUUCGUAUUGUGGCCAGGGGAAUAGAAGAUUUAGCGAUUUUUAUUCUGUCAUGUCGGAGGGUAGUGCAAGUGAUUCCGAAGCAGAUAAUGAAAGUCAAGAGGGGGUAGAUGUUGAAACAGAUGAAGAUGCUGGAACAUUUUUUGAUACUAAUGAUUUCAUGUCAGCAGAUGCACUACGAAGUGCCUCCUAUAGGAGCAGGGAAACUAUGGGAAAUGCUUGUGCCUUUGAUAAGGAUUCUUUUUCUUCCGAUAAUUUUCCUGGGGUUGAGAAAGAGAUCAGAACAAUUCAAUAUCCAUAUGUCAAAAGGAGGGACAAUUUGCCAGAACCAAAGGAGAAAGAGAAGCCAGUAGGCUUAUGGUCAAUUAUCAAGGAUAAUAUUGGAAAGGAUUUAUCUGGUGUUUGUCUCCCUGUUUAUUUUAAUGAGCCACUCUCGUCACUGCAGAAAUGCUUUGAGGAUUUGGAGUAUUCCUACUUGGUUGACCACGCAUUGGAAUGGGGAAAGCAGGGCAAUGACUUGAUGAGAAUUCUAAAUGUUGCAGCUUUUGCUGUAUCUGGUUAUGCAUCAACAGAAGGUAGGCAAUGUAAACCCUUCAAUCCUCUCCUUGGAGAGACAUAUGAAGCUGACUAUCCAGAUAAAGGACUCCGUUUUUUCUCUGAAAAGGUGAGUCAUCAUCCGACUAUUGUUGCUUGUCAUUGUGAGGGAAGAGGGUGGAAAUUUUGGGCAGAUUCGGAUCUCAAAGGCAAGUUUUGGGGGCGCUCUAUUCAGCUUGAUCCUGUUGGUGUCCUAACUUUGCAGUUUGAUGGUGGCGAAACUUUCCAGUGGAGCAAAGUUACCACUUCUAUAUACAAUAUCAUACUUGGUAAAAUAUAUUGUGAUCAUUAUGGCACCAUGCGCAUCAAGGGAAGUGGAAGCUAUUCCUGCAAACUCAAAUUCAAGGAGCAAUCCAUCAUAGACCGAAAUCCCCAUCAGGUUCAUGGAUUUGUACUAGACAAUCGAACUGGAGAGAAGGUAGCUAUGUUGGUGGGGAAGUGGGAUGAAGCUAUGUACUAUGUACUGGGAGAUCCAACCACAAAACCAAAGGGAUAUGAUCCAAUGAGUGAAGCUGUUUUGCUGUGGGAAAGAGACAAAUCUGUUACAAAAACAAGAUACAAUCUCACUCCUUUUGCAAUAUCCUUGAAUGAAAUAACCGCUGGGUUACUGGAGAAAUUGCCCCCAACAGACUCAAGGCUAAGGCCAGAUCAGAGACACUUAGAGAAUGGUGAAUAUGAGUUAGCAAAUGCAGAGAAAUUGAGACUGGAGCAGCUACAAAGACAGGCAAGGAAUUUGCAGGAGAGGGGAUGGAAGCCAAGAUGGUUCCGGAAGGAUGAGGAUGGCUGCUACCAAUAUCUUGGUGGUUAUUGGGAAGCAAGAGAAAAAGGAAAAUGGGAUGGCAUUCCUAAUAUAUUUGGUCAGAAUGGCAGUUUGCCUUUGCAUUUUGUGGAACAGUGAGCUGUCUUUUUUGCUUUAGCUUACCUGAUAUGUUUUGUUCACCAUUUUAUUUGCUUCCAGUUUGAAGUCUCCUACUUAGCUGCAUUGAAGCUUGCAAAUUAAAAUGUGGAUUAAAUUAUGGGAGCUUCUUUGGGGUGAAAAUGCAUCGAAAUAGUUCUUUUUUCUUAGCUAAGCAUGACUUUCUGGUCCGUCCUA